AAGCAGCGUAAUACCUCUUUCUCCUCUUUUCAUCAUUCUUCUUCCUUCUCCGCUUCAAUUACCGGCCGACUGCGCCAUGGCCACGCCGGUAGACCUCUCCGCCGCCGCCCUAACGGUUAUUGGAGAUGUUUCUCGGAUCUCCGCCGCCGGAUUCUCUGGGUUUUUCAAAAAGGAUUGCGCGGAUUUGGCAAGGAAACUCUCUCUUUUGUCGCAUUUGGUCGAAGAGAUCAAAAACUCGGGUAAAUUUUCAGUGGAUUAUGACUUCCGAACCGAUUCAUCUUCUCUAUUGGCCUCUGGAUUUUCUGAUCUAAAUCUAGUUCUUCACGCCGCCAAAGAACUCCUUUCCGCGGCUAAUAACUUCGAUGAUUCCGAACUCUCUGGGGACGGGCGCACGAAGAAAAUUUUCUUCCAGUUUCAAUGUGUGACAGGGAAUUUGGAGAAAGCUCUAGCGAACAUACCUUACGACUGUUUUGGUAUAUCGGAAGAAGUUGUGGAACAGGUUGAUUUAAUUCGGGCGCAGUUAAGGCGAUCCGUUGAAAGAUAUGGAGGCGCUCUAGAUUCGAUUAGGGCUUCGGAUCAGCUUCAAGACAAAGAGAAUAAUCCAUCUCUGUCUGGUAAGAAGCUUUUUGAGAAUUUACAUCUGAGAAACAUAGUCUAUAUAAAUGCGAUCAUCUUGGCAGGGGGCUGUGGGAUCACAUUUCGUUCUUCGGACGAGGUUACGAAUUUGGAAAAGCUGCAGAACUUGUCGACUUCAUCUGAUGUUAAUGUCGCAAAGGAUUCUCCUAGUAAGGAUUCUCUUGUGAUUCCUGAUGAGUUUCGUUGCCCGAUAUCUCUCGAGAUUAUGAGGGAUCCGGUUAUCGUGGCGACAGGGCAGACGUAUGAGCGAGUUUAUAUACAGAGAUGGGUCGACGGCGGGAACACAACAUGCCCGAAAACGCAGCAGAAGCUUAAGAAUCUAACCCUCACUCCGAAUUUCGUCUUGAGAAACCUGAUUUCGCAGUGGUGCGAGGAGCAUAAAAUCGAGCAUCCGAUGCCGUUAGUGAACGGGAGGAUAAAACAGAGCGACGGGACGUUUCGGGACGUGACGGCGGAUAUAAUAGCCAUCGGCGAUCUGGUUCGUAAGCUCUCGAGCUUAUCGAUCGAGGAACGUCGAGCUGCCGUCGCCGAAAUCCGGUCACUCUCCAAACGAAGUACAGACAACCGGAUCUUGCUCGCGGAGGCGGGCGCUGUCCCGAUCCUCGUCAAGCUUCUUAUGUUCAACGACAGGCAGAUUCGAGACAACGCCGUAACGUGUCUCCUCAACCUCUCGAUUUACGGCAACAACAAGGGGCUGAUCAUGCUCGCCGACGCCGUCCCGUCGCUCGUGGAAGUCGUCGCGUCGGGAAGCGCAGAGGCAAAAGCCAAUGCCGCCGCUACACUCUUCAGCUUGUCAUUGGUUGACGAAAACAAGAUCAUCAUCGGCGGCGAAUUGGGGGCGAUACCCGCGUUGGUCGAUUUGCUGCGGGACGGGAACCCGGAAGGGAAGCGGGACGCGGCGACGGCGCUGUUCAAUCUGUGUAUGUAUCAGGGGAACAAAGGGAGGGCUGUUAGGGCUGGGAUCAUAGGUGCAUUGAUGAAGAUGCUUACUGAUUCCAUGGAAGACGAAGCUCUGACGAUUCUGUCGAUUCUCGUCGGCCACCACGACGCGAAGGCAGCAAUCGGGAAAACGAGCAUGAUUCCGGCGCUGGUCGAUCGGUUACGGCGGGGAGGAUUGCCGCGGAACCAAGAGAACGCGGCUGCGAUUUUGCUGUCGUUGUGCAAACGGGAUGAGGGGAAUCGGGAGUUUCUGAUUAGGCUCGGCGCAGUGGUGCCGCUGUCGGAGAUUGCGGAUUCGGGGACGGAGAGGGGGCGGCGGAAGGCGGCGGCGCUGUUGGAAGUUCUCCGGCAGGUACGGCGGCGUUAAGGUGGUUUGUUUUUUUACCGGGAAGUUUGAGGUUUGCACAAAUUUUACAGUGUGCAAAAUUCGGGAAUGGAGGGAGGGAAGUUUUAUAUAGAUAAGUUACCGUGGGUUUUUAGGUGUAUUUAUUUAUUUAUUUUCUUCAUUCUUGGGUUACCGUGGUAAAGAAAUUGGAUUAUGUCUUC